AUGAAUUCUCAAUUUUCUCCUUAAAAUAAUUUACAACAAACCUCCUAAUAACUAUAAUCAACAAAUCAAUAACCUCCUACUCAUUAAAAUAACAUCUAGUAUUAUCCUAUUAUCUAUAUACAAGCUGAUAGGUAAUAUACAUAAUUAAUAAUAGUUUUCCUAUGUCAAACGUUCCAUAGUUUAAUAGAAUUGAACAUAACAAUUUUUAGCUUAUUUGCCAUCCAGUUAUGCCUGAUGAUCCAUUUUAUUCUUAUCUUUCUCAUGUUUCUAAUAUUAUACAAAAAUCACAAACAUAGAAAACUGAAAUCCUUAUAAAAAGUGAGGAUGACUAAGAUGCGCCAAAACCAAUUACUUAAAAUUAAAUUAGUUAAUCUCGUAGAGGUUCAGGUGUCUAAUAAUAAAAACUUCCUUAGAUUUAAAAAUAGAUUAAAAUUAAAGCUAUGAUUGAUCAUUCAAAAGAAUCAAACUUUUAGCCCUGUAAUUGUUCUUAAAGUAAUUGUCUUAAAAGAUACUGUGCUUGCUUUCAUAGUAAUAAAAUGUGUUCGGAUUAAUGUUAAUGUAAAGAUUGCAAGAAUAUAGAAUUAUUUUCAUAAGAAAGAGAAUUUGCUAUCAAUCAUGUUUUUAAAAAAUGUCAUAGAGAUAAAAAUGUACCAGUAAAUGAAUUAUUAUCUUUGUAAAUCAGUUAUGGAUGCAAAUGUAAAGCAACUGGAUGUUAAAAAAAAUAUUGUGAAUGCUUCAAAAGAGGUUAAACUUGUGGAAAUUUGUGUUCUUGUGAAGAUUGCCUAAAUUACCCUUUUAAUCUGAUUAAUUAAGAUAAAUUGAGAAAGAAAAUCAAUAUAUAAAAAUGA